AAGAAAUCCAAACCUGGAUGUAGUCUAGUCUGACGAAGCCGCCAUUUCAAAACGCAAAGGAGCGACAGAGGCUGUAGGAGAUUUUGUAUAUUUUUUAUUUUUCUAAUAUAUUUUUACUAGCACGUAGGAAAAUUGCAUUACUUUUUUUGAAUCUACCUCGCCUGCAUCACCAGCUGAAAUGGAUGCAGACACAGAAGAAAAGGUGACAGAAACUUCAAAAAUUUCCAAGGAUGAAUCUCAGAAACCCUUAACGGACAACAAAUUUAGGGGUCGUGGAUUUAAAAGCCGUGGUCGAGGGGGUCGGAUGAGUCGAGGCAGCAUGCGUGGUGGGCGGGGCAUGAUAAAAGGGUUUGGUCCACCUGGAUAUGGGAGGGGUCGAGGGAAAGAUGGAGCCAUUAAUGGAUUUGCACCCAUGAGAGGAAUGAGGAGGAUGCGACCUUACCCAGACCUACGAGGUCAUCGAGGUAGAGGUGGACCAAUGGGCAUGGGCAUGGGCCCUCCUCCUCCCCCUCCUCCCCCACCACCUCCCAUGCACCUCAGAGGCCCCUACCCACCCAUGCCAAGGCAUGGACCCCCGCCACCCCCUCCUCCAGGUCAUCCUGGUUUCAGAGGGCGUCCACCACACCCUCGAGGCCGUGGCAUGUUGCCCCCUGGACCUCCACGUCACUUCCACCCCCGCGGCCCAAGAGGCUACCACAAUGGACCGGUCUCUCCUCCGCCUCACCCCCCACCUGGCAGAGGCCAGAGGUGGCCAGGGCCCCCUGGUGGCCGACGCUUUUAACACAGCCUGCCCUAAAACCAAUAACCAAACACUUUGUUAAUGUAGAAGGGGCCUAAAGUGGUGCAGUAAAUGAAACGCCCCUCAAAUAUGUGUUACACAAAGUCUCUGAGUAUCUUUAUGACAUACUCUGUGGCCAAAUGUGUGGUUAUUGAUAUUGUCUACUGGCAAAGAGAUAAUGUGAAAAUGACUAAUGAGAACAUAAGAUGCCUCGCAACUUUAACAAUGUAAAGGCAUUCUGUUAUCUAUGUUACAGAAAUACUGUUGGUACUGUAGGAACUAUUUGACAUUGUUGAGAAAAAGAUGUUUAAAAACAAGUUUGAAAGCGCUGUUUUCAAAUGGAGGAAAAUUCUUGUAAAAGUUUAUUAAAUGUUCUGUGGUUCUUGUUACAGUCACCCUGUGAGCCUUAAGAGUCUUUUCCUGAUCCGUAAUAAAAAAAAAAUAAAAAAUGGGUGACAGUGUAUAUUUGAAGGUGGGGAAAGAUGGGUGACAAAUUAAUGAAAGAGUGCACAGCAGCCCUCGAGCACCACUGUUAACUAGCUUAGUACACCUUGGACCUCUCUAACCUUUCCUUUUGUUACAUGGAAAUAGUUAUGUAUUAUAACUUCACCACGCAGUGCAGUAAAUAUUGUUUAACACACAUUUUUUCAAGUGAAAAGACAAUGCUCUAAUUGUCAAGUAUUCAUGAGUAUUUAAUUUUAUAUUUUAUAUCGUUAAUGUGCAGCUAUUGCUGUUUGGAACAUUCAUGUUUGUCUUCAGCAAUCUAUUGUAAUGGAAAAGGCAUUAUAAAUGAUAGUAUAUGGAAAUAUAUAUCUAGUAGAUUUUAUAAAUGAAAGCAAAUUUCAGUAGUAUUUGCUUCAGUUAAGGAUAAGAAGUUCUUUACUGUGUUUAGUUUUCUGAAGUGUUAUAAAACUCUAUUCACUGUAAUUAACAUAACUUUUGUGAACUUGUGAUGUGUUUGAUGAAAACAGUCAAGACUUAUGACAUAGCCGUGGAGAAAAAAAUAAAACUAAAAAUAAACUCAACUUCUCUUUUUUUGUUUAUUCACAAACAAGUCUGAGAGUUGUCAUUAUAAUUUACAUCAUAUCUGUAAUAUAUGGAAAAAUGGAUUGUAAUGUCAGUUUAAUAUUGUCCACAGUGGCACAGUAACAGUGUUAUAUAUUUGUAAGUGAAUAUUUGAUACAUGUAAAGACCACUGUACUAAUGCACAUCUUUAUAUACAUAUAUAUAUUUUUUUUUUGGAGGACCAAGAGCCCUUAAUGAAUGUAAUAUUCAGCGUGCUGAGGGCUGAAACUUUCUACAGAUAAGAAAAUGCUUGGAAAAGUAAUCAUGAAUUGCACUUUUUGUAACUUGAAAGAUGAACUUCACUCACUCAAGUGCAUUUUAUGUUACCAUGUAAAUUUGACUGGAGGAUUCAGAACCGCUCCACUUGAAAAGCGUUGAAACUAAACAUCAAGCCACAAUUCAAAUUCAGUGGUAGCAUGUCUAAAAGGAGGACAUCAUCUGCAAAGGAUACACACUCUGAUAUGACCAAGGACUUUCAUAUUUUCAUGCUGCGCAGUAAUUUCAAUUUGACAUCAAAGGUGACAAAGGGAUUUGGAGAAUCUACAAUUAUGUUUAUGUAUGUGUUCUUCUGUGUUUAUAAUUCUUAUAAUUUAAUAUUUUUAUAUAAUUUCUCCUAUACUCCUGUAAAUUUUUAAUCGAUAUAAAAAUAAAAGUUGCCAUGCAUGUAUGUAUGUGCAUAUGAAGUUGCUGUACCCUUUACAGAAAAGAAUAGCAAGAUUAUUUAAUGAAUGAUUUAUUCCAGAAUCAAUGGUACACAGACACCAUCUCAUGGAACAUUCAAUAAAGUUGAAACCAAUUUUAGAAGCAAGCAUUUUAGCACCUCAGGUUUUGCAAGUUCUGUGUAUGCAUGUAGUUUAUGGAAUCAAAUAACUGACAUAAAUAUUUGAAUAUAAACCUCCAAUGAAUAGUUCAUUUUGAAAUUUAAACACCAUCGAUUUCAUAGCAUUGAAAUAUUUUACCUUAAAAACCAUGUUUCUGAAUUUAUUUGUUUUGAAUUCACCUCUGAAAUUAAAAUGUCUUUCUUUGCAUUAUCAGAAGCUGAAUUGGAUUUUUUUUUCCAGUGUUCACAAAUUAAGAGCCAAACAUGUCAGUUUCAGUAUUUAAAAUUUCAACUGGUCAAAUUCAGAUCUAAAAAUUCAGGUUGAAGAAAUGCAAAUAAAACAACAUUAAAAUUUGACUGGUCAAAACAUUCAGGCUCGAUUGCCUAUCCUAUCCUGAGUAGCCAGGAUGUUAAUAUGUGCAUUUUUUUUUCAACUUGCAUUUUUAGAUGUCAAUUUGUGAAUGUUGGAAAAAAAAUUCAAAUUCAAGUUUUGAGAUGGAAAAUCACAAAAGAGGAGAAUUCAGAACAAAAAUGUUUAGACACAUGGUUUUCAUGGUAAAAUAUUUCAAGAAAAUCCUUAUGAGACCUAAACUUUUGUUUGGUAUACAGUUUUAAUUUCUUCUAGCCAAUUGGGAUCAGUAGGACCUGAAAAGUAUAAAAAAAAAUGAACAUUUUAAAAUUAACACUUUAAAGUCCCAAUGUCCUCAAAUGAGUACUUCCUAAUUAUCAGCAGUGUCUUAGCUUGUUACUGUUGCUAAAAUUGGUAAAAUUUGUUGCCAUAUCAAACUACAAACAUUAUUAAUCAUAAAUAAAGAAGUUUCAACCAUAAGAUGUGAUCGGGUUUUGGACCUUGUCCUUUUUUGUGUCAGGAUCAGCUGCAGUCUGACUUGGCAGAGAUGGCUGCCAUCUUGUUUUUACAUGGAUUAGUGUAUUGUGGUCUUACUAACACUAGAUGGCACAAAUAAGUGUCCACAAAUGAGGACAUCAGGUCUAAGUCAAGUAGAAUGAAGUAUAAGGUCAAGUAAACCCAAAAUGUGAUGUCCUCAUAUGAGGACACAGGGUCUCAGGAGGAUAUGAUAUCAGUGGUGUUAAAAAUUCUCAAUUAAGUUUUAAGUGGAAGCUGAAAUUCAAAUACUUGAGUUUCUUAUUUUCUUCCUAUAGAAGCCCUUUUUCCAUAAUGUGGUGCUAAUUUAGGUACUGACGUCAUAAAGAUGUAACAAAGCCCUGCUGUAAUGCCAGAGCACCUUCAUAUGAAGAGGCAUUUAUCAUUAAUACUGUAUAAUGUAUUUACUGCUGGCACAAACGAGGAUUUCUGCAUUAUUUCUGGAUGAAAGAGCAUUUUAUUGUCUGAGCCACUCAGGCACUGCAGAGUACCUCAAGAGGUAUUCAUCUCAGCUAGCCUGUUUCAUAAAUUAGCCCCGACAGGUGUUGCACUCUCCUCCUCCUCCUCCUCCUCCUCUGUCUGCCCUUUCCCCAUCUCUUCAGCACUUUCAGUACAUUUUGCUGCCUCUUCAGUCUCUGCAGUCCCUUCUUGUUUCUCCCUUUGGUUUGAGUAUAACAGCCUGACUGUUGUUGUCUCCUGAAGGGGGGCACACAGUACAGUUAACCUCCCGGGCCCCAGGAACCCAGGCCCUCCCUCACAUCUCUCCCCUCCUUCACCAGCGGCGUGACACCUGAGGUCCGGCACUUCACUUGAAAAGGUGAGCCUCCUCUUGUGUCUUAACAACUAAACCCCUCCUUCUCUGAUGCCUGGAGAUUCUCUCUUUCAGGAUGGAAGCUGAAACUACGACGGGGUCGUACCAAACUCGGUGAGACACAGAGGAAUAUGAAUAGUUGUAGUAAUAUAGAAGUGGGGCUGCACAGUAUUAGGAAAACGUGAUUUGCAAACCCAAACAGAAUUUAUUUUGCUUGAUUUACAUGGAACUAAGUCUGCACUGUGAAGUCUUGACAAGAACAGACCGUAAGUACACCUUGUUGUACAGUGAUCCUGCAGGAAUACGUAGGAAAAGACUGAUCUAUAAAUAAGUUGUAUUGCACUAACAACUGGCAUGAACCAGUUUUGACAUGUCCAGGCAGGGAAACCACAGGUGUAAUUAAUAGAAUUAGCUGCAUAUGUGUCCGAGUCCUGGUAUGGACCUUUUUCACAGCAGACAUUUUGACUUGUCAUAGUAGGAAAAGCACAGGUAAAACUGAUCACAUUAAUGAUGGCUCAGUUCCAUUAGGUGUCCUAGUGAGCUUGAGUGAGCCAGGGCCUUUCCUUUAGUGGAACCCAGCUAUCAUUAAUGUUAUUGAAUACACCUGUGCUUUUCCUACUAUGACAUGUCAGAAUGUCUGCCAUGACAAAGGUCUGUUGUGCAUGCUGGCACACUGUUAUGCUCAUGGCUUACUUAGACGGUCUCCCUUAAGUAGAACGGAGCCAGGAGGAAACUCCACCUCUCCUAAAGUCCCUCCCAGCUGAUAAAAUUCUAAAAGAUAUUAAACAACCCGGAGGCAUCUUGUCCUGGCCUGGUAAGAACAUCCUGAUGACGUGAGCUCAACAUUCUGUUUUGCUCUCUGUAUCAGUCUGGACUUUCUGCUGCCCCAAACACUUUCACUCACCUUGACAGAUAAACUCCUUAAGCCAAUUAGCCUAACACAACACUGGAGAACAUCUUCAUCACCAAGAGAGUCAGCUGAUAAAUCAAGCUUUUGCCAAGUCUAGUCAGAAGAACGGCGAAAACAUCUUUUCCUUCAAGAAACUCUGAGGGUGAAUACUUUUGCUCUUGUAUAAUUGUUGUUAUUGACUGUUUCUUCUUCACUGUCUGCAAGUUGUGGCCUGCAUUUUACACCAUCAACUACAAUGCAGUCUCUGAUUGGCUGGUUGUCUACUCUAUAAGAUAUCCAAUUGCCCCCAGUUUCCAUUUCUGGAAAGGGUUAAGGGCGACACCAAGUCCAGACUGAUACAGAGGGUGAAACACAAUGUUGAGCUCAUGUCACUAGGAUGGUAUUAUCAGGCUAAUUCUGUCCUUUAUAUAUAUAUAUAUAUAUAUCAGAAUUUUGGCCUUUGCAGACAGUAAACCCCUAAACACUAACACCAAUGUGAGCAGGACCUGAGAUGUACUUUUGAAGAUAGUGAAGUCAGUAUUUAAGGAAGCACUGUCAUUCUUAAGUAACAGAUGCCAUAAACAUUUCAGUUUAAAAUUGUCCACAGAACCUAUUUUACCCCAGAAAGCCUUGUAAUAAUUUUGUCAAUUGGAAAAAAAAACAUUCGGGGGGAUUUAUUUGCAUAAAAGAGGACCACAAAGAAAAGAUGAAUUUCUGUGGUAAGGUUUUCAAACCUGUAGUAUCCAAACAAUCAGGAGGAAGUGUACUCAUGUCAGAUUUAGAAUUUUGGUAAAGUAAUUUCAGUCAAAGUAAGGUGGUAUAAAUAUCUAAUAUGGACCCAUCAUAGCUGCAUGGUCAACAGGCACAGAUCAUUACUGAAGAGACUAUUUAAUUGAUGUGAGGCCAGGUAUGACCCAACCAACAUCUAUAAUUAGGGUCCCUGCAGCCAUGACCUGUGUCAGAUCUGUCCAAAAAAUGGAAAAAUGAUUCUACUAAUGUGAUUUAUGUUGUAUAGCUGUAAUUUCUCUGCUGCAAAAACAAUCAAAGCUUCUGACCAGUUUCUUUUACAGAGGUCACAGACUUUACUACGAUGAUAAAUGCGAGGCCUUUUACCAGAAAACCUCCUUAAAAUGACAGGAAGUAUUCGCCUUCAACCAAAGAAUGAGUGCGCCAUGGUGUUUUCACUGUUAAGCAGAGGAUGAAUGUUAAAUUCAGUUUCUUCUUUUUCUAUGUUUAGCGUUGGUUAUGUUGGUUUACUAAUAAUAAAA